AUGUCAACAUUCGCACGCACCGCCCGCGUGUUGCACAACAACUCGCAGCCAAACUUUUCGGCUGUCACGAUCGAUCGCGAUGCCGUCGUUGUGAAGAAGCCAGCUUCGAGGGCUUCGUCGGGGACUACGACGCCGAAGGAGGGCGAGAUUAAGGGCAAAGAUGGGGUGAAGGUGGUGAUCAGGGAGAUGGUCAAGGAGAAGGAGGAGAGGGUAGGAUGCUGUGAUGAGGCAGAAGGGAAGGGGAAGGGGAAGAAGGAAUGGUGUGGGUGUGUUGAGAUGGAGGAGUUGGAGAAGUGA